ACGCCAUCCUUUCUGAUAUCAACGCAGCUAACAAAAUCACGAAGACUCGUGACGACACACUUAUAGUGGUGGCAUCAACCCAAGGUUCUACACUAACUGUAUCAUCGGGGUCACUGCUGAACGAGGAAUUGGAAGGAGUUGCUCAGACGGAAUACUGUGAACCUUACACAAUGUUGAACUACGCCUUUGGUCCGAAGACAAGUGUCAACUACUCCAUUCCCGUAGAAGACAAAUGGAGCAACCAGUUCCAGAGUUUACAUGAAAGUGAAACCAUCACCGGGGGGCCCGACCUGCCCAUCUUCGCCACGGGGCCCGGGGCUCCAGCCUUCUCGGGCAUCAACUCGCUCUCCUACGUGUACCACGCCCUCGUCUUCGCCACCUGCCUGGCUAAUAAUAGCACCUACCCCCACUGUAAGGCCGCCCCUCCCCCCACAACCACCACUUUUAAACCACAAACCACCGCAGGCAUGCUCACCACCCGGAAACCUGUACCCACACCCUCGACCCCACCCCCGACCCUUAAACCGAUCCCUCAAACUCCGCGACCCCUGCCAUCAUGGCCGUGGUUGAUCCAGCCCCAACAACAGUACAACCCCAACCCUUACUCCAACCUUGGGGAUUCCUUCUUGAACAGCCUGGGCAAUGUCCGCCCCAUGCAACCCAUGCAACCCUGGCAACCCAUGCCGCCUAUGCAACCCGUUACACCCACACCCCCACCCGCCCAAAACAACAACCCGUGGGCGUGGGCUUCCCUGUUUCCGUUUUUCUUUUAAUCUUCUUGAUCCUUGACACUGCAACAUUUUAUAUUUGACAUUUGUUGUGAAAUCACAUUGUGAGAGUUGCAACUAGCGAAAAAAAAAUUCCACUUUUGAAAAACUGUUUUUUUUUAUCAAAUUACAUCUUCUGCUACAUAUGAACACAAUAAUUAAAUUUAAAAAUUGCCAUUAAAAUCCCUAAAGUCUCUAAUUCCAUAUGAAAUGGUUUUUAAGUAACCUUUUAAAACGAGAAAAAAAAUUGCGAAUAUUCUGAGUUUGACUCGAUUUUAGCCCACAUUUAAUGAUAAUUUAUAUUAAAAAAUAACAAAGUGUUUAGAAAAAAAAUUAAAAUUUAU